UCUCUCUCAUUCUUAUUUUUAAUUCUCACGUUUCUCUCAUCUGUUUUUCUUUUCUUUCUAUCUGCCUCUUCCUCUCUUAUGUUUGGUUUUCUACAAUUUUUUCCUUAUUUUCUCUCUCUACCUUUUUGGUUUGCUUCACUAUGGUAUUUUGAUUUCUUCUCUUUGAUUGUGGCGCAUCUUCUGUUCUUUCAUCCGUUAUUUUCUACUAGUGUAGAUUUGUUACAUUUUUUGGGUUGUUCAACCUUUUUGCUUCUACAACCGGUUGAGAUUUUCAAACCUUUUGGUUUGAAUGUGUUUUUCCUAUAUUUGUGUUGGUUUCGAUUCUUUGCAUUUUUCUGGGUUUUUGUAUCUGUUUUAUGCAUUUUGAGUUUUUUACGUGGUUGAAGUUUUGAGAUUGUUUGAUUUUGGUGAAUGUCUUUUUGGUUUUGUCACCUCUUUCGUACUUACAUUUAUCCGGCAUUGUUUGGUUAGGGUUUUAAGCCUCGCUAAUAUUUUACAUUUAUGGAUUUUUUUUUGGAUAUUUUAGUUUUAUUACUCAUAAAUUUUUUUGUGAAUUUCUAUUAGCAGGUGUGGGUUAGAUUCGAUGCAUUUUGGUUAUUGUUAUCGGACUUUGGUGCCUUCUUUAACAAUGAUAAGUUUCAGUACAUUCUAUUUUGUCUUUUCAUUUCUCAAUAUUUUGAUUCUUUCAUAACGAUGUAACUGGUUUCAUGUUUCUCUGAUUUUUUUUCUUUGUUUUUACGUUUAUUUUGAUUUAUAAUUACUGAUUAUGUUUACAUUCUUUGUGGCAUGCAGGUGAACAAUUUUAAUAUCUAUAGUUUUAUGCAUUUUUUUUACUUGUAUAUUUUAUUUGAGUUUUUUCAUUUUAUUCUCUUCAUAUAUGUGUAUCUACAGAGUUUUGAGUUUUGCUCUUCAGUGAUUUCAUAAACUCUUCACAGAGUUUUUUAGAAUAAUAUUAAGUUUAUUAUAAAAUUUUUCUUUUUAUUUUGACUAAAAAUUAAAUAUUAAAACAGUUUGUAUUAUAUUUUUUCUUUUUACAAAAUUUUUUACCUCAAUUAUUUAAAAAAUAUUUAUAAGCCCGCAGCAAAGUGCGGGGUUCUUUCUUUCUAGUAAAACAUUAUUCCUUUUGUGUCCUAAGAACGGACAUGUGUCACCAGCUGAUGAGUCUAAAAGUAACUCUAUAUAUAAUUGUUUAUUUAUUUUCAACACCAAAAGGUUUUACCUAUACAAACAACACAAACUAAUAAACAAAAACUAGAAGGAAGAAAAGAAAAUCUGCAAUGAAACUAAAGGAAUUAACAAUUAAACAUAGAUAUAAUCACAAAAAAAAAAGAAGAAAAAAGGAAUAUUUUUCUUCAAAAACAAAAAUUCAAAGAUCACAUACUUAAGUUAGGUCAUUUCUAUCCAUAUAUAGAUGAAAAUUGUGGCGCAGACAGAAAACGAUGACCGACAGAGAAUCUUGAAUUCUCUAGACGGGAGGUGCAAUGGAAGAACAAACAAAAAGGAGAAGCGAUAACUGAAGAAGAGAUAAUAUAUAUCUUCUUUUUUAUGUCUAGUAUAUGUUGUGGCCAUGUGCUCAUGCAUAUGGUGGACCAUGUGUCUGUCCAAGAUAUAUUAAAAACCAGUAUCAAUAAGACAUAAUUGAGGUAGUUAGCUAAGCCAAUAUGUUGUGGGGCUAACUAAGAUCUUCUGAACAGACCAAAUUGAAUUGAAAAAAUAGAUAAAUAAGUUAUCUAAUUGGAGAUCAUAUAUAGAUCCCAGCUGGUUUUAAGAAAAUAAAAAAUAGACAAAUAAAUCAAUUCAUAACUUUGAGUGUAAAAAUAUAAUAAUAUUAUGAGCUUUAACAUAAACUUUUGUUGGAAUUGAAUUUCCAGUUUUCUGUGUUCAAGUUCAAAUUUUCUAGCGCAAUUUGUUGGGACGUCGACGGCUAUAUAAUAUAUUAUAGUUUCGUCUUAAUUGGAAAUUAAGCACGCGAAGCGGCGGCUCGACGUAUUUAUUUUUGGCGUAUACCAGCUUCCAUUUGUCUAUAUAUUGGACGAGGAAACUCGGGUUUUUUUGUAGCAUCGUAGGCUUAGCUAGCUAAAAGUAAAAGCUACGAUUGAAACAGAGAGAGAAAGGCAAGAAUACUAGCACCAGCAAACAUGACCACUGACUUCAAAUCCAUCCCAAUCAUCGACGUAGGUCCUCUUGUGGCCAAGGGGGAUGAUCUGAAAAUGGGUCAAGACCCAGAUGUACGUGAAGUUGUCAAGCAACUGGAUCAGGCUUGCAGGGAGACUGGAUUCUUCUACGUGAAAGGUCAUGGUGUUCCCGAGUCCCUUAUCAAUGAGGUCAAAGAUGUGACUCACAAAUUUUUUAAUCUUCCCUAUGAUGAAAAACUCAAAAUCAAAAUGACUCCGUCCCGUGGAUACAGGGGAUACCAAAAAAUCAAAGAAAAUAUAACCAAAGGCGUGCCUGACUUGCAGGAAGCUAUCGAUUAUUAUAGAGAAGUAAAAAGACGGAUGUACGGAUCACUUGGUGAGAUUUUGGAAGGAUGUAACCAAUGGCCACAAGAUCCUACAAACUUCAAAGCUUCCAUGGAGGAAUACGUGAGGCUUUGCACAGAUCUUUCAAGAAAAAUUAUGAGGGGAAUCGCUCUGGCAUUGGGUGGAUCGGCAGAUGAAUUUGAAGGUGAAAAAGGUGGAGAUCCAUUUUGGGUCAUGCGUCUUAUUGGAUACCCUGGAAAAUCACCAACAAACGGCCAAGAUAAUGACAUUGGAUGUGGGAUUCACACUGACUAUGGUUUGUUGACAUUGAUUAAUCAAGAUGAUGAUAUAACCGCACUUGAGGUUAAAAACCUAUCUGGGGAAUGGAUACCGGCUACUCCCAUUCCUGGAACAUUUGUAUGCAACAUCGGUGACAUGUUGAAGAUAUGGUCCAAUGGCUUGUACGAGGCAACUUUGCAUCGAGUCAUCAAUAAUUCACCGAAAUAUCGAGUUUGCGUUGCUUAUUUCUACGAGCCAAAUUUCGAUACACUGGUGGAACCCUUGGAAAUGUGCGUGGAGAAGAGUAGGGGAACUCGGCUCAAGGAAAGAGCUGUUUACGGACAGCAUUUAGUGAAUAAAGUGAAAUCAAACUUUGUCAUGUAGAUCAUCAAGCUCAUCUUCUGUUAAACAAUCUUGAUGAGAAUAAAUGUUUCAACACCUUUCCUAUAUGAAUGUAUAAGGGAUUGAUAUCCUCUUAUGAUUAAUAAGUUUAUACAUAAUUUACUUUCUCAA